AUGGCAAAUAGGAGAAGAAGAAACGAUGCAGGCGCCGAUGAGAUUGCACAAGCGAUCCAUAGAAUGGUUGAUGCCAUGCAGCCUGUUGCGGCACAGCCUAGAGCCAUAGUGCCACCCACUAGAGCGGUGACUAUGGAGGAUGUUCUGAAACACAAGCCGUCCAAGUUCAAUGGCAAAGCUACCCCUGAUGAGGCUGAUGCUUGGCUUAGGGAGUGUGAAAAGAUAUUCCGAGUACUGCAAUGCACAGAGGCACAACAGUUGAAUUUUGCCACUUUCCUACUUGUUGGCGAUGCUAAGUACUGGUGGACAGGAAUGCAGCAACAAAUGCAGACCCGACAAGAAGAGGUGAACUGGGUAAACUUUAGGAAGAGGUUCCUGGAGAAGUAUUUUCCAGACUCGGCAAAACAUGCACUCGAGGCGGAGUUUCUGACACUACAACAAGGUAGUAAACCAGUACAGGCUUACAUAGACCGGUUCGAAGAGUUUCCAAUUCUGGUGGAGCAGGCCAGGACUGUGGAGGAGUUAGAGUUUGGAUCCAGUCGGAUCACGAGGACGCAGAAGAAUACCUCUGAGACCAGACAUCAGAAGGCGCCAUACGACAGGUCUUCGUCGUCAUCUUCAAGCUUGAGAUGUUAUAACUGCGGUGGGCCGCACCUUCGCAAGAACUGUACUAAAGUUGCGGGCAGUUCAGGUGCUAGUAAUGAACAUGUGAAGUGCUACAAGUGCGAGAAGAUUGGACAUUAUGCGAGUCAAUGUCCAGACAAGAAGGCGACCGGAGAAAAACCAUCAUCAUAG